UGGAGCAUGUCCCUGUAAACGGGGAAAGAAAAAAAAAAAAAAAAAAUAGCAGUGAAACCUGAUUGUGCUACCAUGAUUAUUCUCCAAUCACAUCGAGCAGCAAUACUCGCGCUCUCUCGUGAGCGAGAGUCAUGUUUAUAUUUUUUGUUUUCGGAGCGAGCUCGGGCGUCACGUGACAGCUGUGUGCACGUGUAAUUGACAGAGUCGCUCAUGGAGAGCGCGCGCGAGACGGGGAGAGAGAGAGAGAGAGAGAAAGAGAGAGAGGAGCGAGAGAGCGAGCACGCUAGACCUAGACGCUGGCGCGAGGGAGAUCUGGAGAAGAGGCGCGGCGAAGCCGAACGCAGCCCGUUCCUCUUGGUGACUGCGGGGACUGGCGCGCGGUCCCUCCUACGGUCGCCAGUCACCAGUGGACGGGCGCGGAGGACUUCCACGGGCACAGGCGGGCAGAUAACGGUGGAUUGUGGCCCCGUCUGAGGAAAGUUUAGCGGUAACGCCUCCACAUCCUGAAAGUUAAAGGCGACCUUGGUCAGAGGAGUAAAGGGAGGCUGUUCUUUACAGUCCUUGAAAACUGGUGUUAAUAUGAAACUUUCCAACGCAACGGUGACACUCUCUCUUAUUGCCGUGCCUCCGGUUGUGCAGGAUGCUCCCUGUCUGAAAGAGGAUUUUGCAGAAAAUGGGGAGAGAAGGUGAACUACAUGCUUGUCUAGGACCAGACGAGAUGAAAUGGAGAGCUUGGAACACUCGGACCUCUUAAAACUAAGCUCUUCCCGUGAACCUGAAAGCCGUCCGACAUUAGAGGAGAAAUCCAAACGCAGGGAGUGUGUCCACGGUCCAGAUCCGCAGCGGCGGCCCACAAUGGGGAUGAAUGGUUACUGCACUGCACCGGUGGGUACCAGCACAGCAGCAGAGCUGCUGGCUGACUUGGCCUCCAAAGCACUCUCCCCAGGGGCAGCUGUCCUGAAGAGGGAGGCAAAGACUGGACUGCCGCUGUGCAACGGCGAGGUCACUCCUCCGGCAGCGACCAGCCACAGUGAUGGUCUAGUGAAGGUCCCUAACAGUCACUCAGAGAGGAAGGAGGCGGCAGAGCUUCCAAACAAGCAGGAACCAGUCGAGAAUGGGGAGAAGACAUCGUGUGACAGCACUGUGCAUCCAGCCAAAAGAGCAAAUGGUGAACUGCAUGUCCGUCAGCUCGCCCCACACCGGCGGGUGGGUGUGGAGAACCGGGAGUCUGGCCUGCCAAGUGGGCUUGGAGGGUCUGUGAGAGCUACAGGAAUGGUCAUUGGGCCUGAGGAGCCAUCAUCCCCAGAGUGCAAAAGAAGGCGGGUUGAGACUGAUGAAUGUAAAGCGGACACAAAAAUGACCAAGACUCUUGUGCCACUGGCAGCCAAUGUGGACAGCAACCACCAUGGGAGCUCUCACUCGUAUGGCCAUAGGGCCCACCAUUCUGGGUCCCAGCCCAAGCCCAGCCCUACCCUGAUUCAGAAGUCCUGCAGCUCACCGGUUGAGGCUCAGGCCAUUCCUGCCAUGACUGCAGGCUGGUCACCGGAGCGUAUUGCUCAGCAGUAUAUUGUUCCCUGCAUGAGGUACUAUGGUAUCUGUGUGAAGGAUGGCUUCCUGGGGCUACCACUUGGUGAGCGGGUGCUGAAGGAGGUGGAGAUAUUGAACCAGAGUGGCAGUUUCCGUGGUGGACAGCUGGUCAGCCAAAGGGCCAUCCCCUCACGCAGCAUCCGUGGGGACCAGAUUGCCUGGGUGGAAGGCCAUGAACCAGGCUGCAAAAACAUUGGUUUACUCAUGGCCCACAUCGAUGAGGCCGUGAUGUACAGUGCCAUGAACGGGCAGCUGGGCAACUGCGUCAUCAACGGCCGCACCAAGGCGAUGGUAGCCUGUUACCCUGGUGAUGGGACAGGGUACGUGCGUCAUGUGGACAACCCUAAUAGAGAUGGACGCUGCAUAACCUGUAUCUACUAUCUUAACAAGGAUUGGGACUUCAAAGUCCAUGGAGGACUGCUGCAGAUCUACCCAGAGGGGCAGAACAUGGUGGCCAACAUUGAGCCACUCUUCGAUCGGCUGCUAAUCUUCUGGUCUGACCGUCGGAACCCGCAUGAGGUCAGGCCUGCCUUUGCCACACGUUAUGCCAUCACAGUCUGGUACUUUGACGCAAAGGAGCGAGCGGAGGCCAAAGAGAAGUACCGGUUGGCAACGGGACAAAAGGGUGUUCAAGUGCCUGUCACUCAAAGCAGCAAGCCCUAACCCUUUUUUCAGUGGCAGCCCAAUUCCAGGAGUGUGCUCUGAACAAAAAAUGUGCCUACCUGUACUGCUGUUGAAAGAACUGUGUGGGGAGAACACUACAUGGGCCCCGCCAAGCAUAAGGCUGUUCCCAGUUGACCCGUGCAUCAGUUUGCCUUCCUCUGUAGCACAGGGUCAUGUGUGGCUUUUCACUGCGCCAAAUGGAUGGCAGCAAGAGGUGGUCCACAUGGUGGCUGAGAAGAGGGAAUCCUAAGUAAAAAGUAGUGAAGGAGGCAGGAAACUUCUUCGCUGAAGAAGGGAUGUCCACAGAACCUACUAAAUCAACAAAGGACCUGUAUCUUUAUGUUCUUAAUUGUUUCUUCUAAUAAUGUAAUCAAAAUUGGAUUGUAAGAUGGUGUUUUAUGCUUUUACUUGAGCUUAUCUACUGGCAGCUUUUGCAACUUGUGAUUAACACAGCAACAGCCAGUGGCUACAACCACAUGGAGGGGUGCAUACCCAUCUCCCUUUCUCAGUCCUGUGGUGGAAGAGUUGGAAGUGCAUAAUAAACUCUGGAACUAGAAGAUCCUAAAAAGCCCCUGCACCUUGUUUUCUGGGAACCACGCAAUGUGCGCAUAGCGGAUUGGCCUGCUGCGGGAGUCCUCUGUGUGCAGACUGUCUCCAUAGCAAGAAGAAUGGGAUUUUAGAGAAGGGUGGGUUGGGACCAGUGGUUCUCAACCCAGGAGCUGGGGAUAGUGAUUGCCUAAAUUACAUUUCUUUGACAUGAUGAUUAAACUGACUUUAAUUUCAUGAAUGAAAAUAUUUCUGAAUUCUUUGUAAAAUAUUUUUGAAGAUGUGAC